AUGCUGUUCCACAGUCUGUCGGGCCCCGAGGUGCACGGGGUCAUCGACGAGAUGGACCGCAGGGCCAAGAGCGAGGCUCCCGCCAUCAGCUCCGCGAUCGACCGCGGCGACACGGAGACGACCAUGCCGUCCAUCAGCAGUGACCGCGCCGCGCUUUGCGCCGGCUGCGGGGGCAAGAUCUCGGACCGCUACUACCUGCUGGCGGUGGACAAGCAGUGGCACAUGCGCUGCCUCAAGUGUUGUGAGUGCAAGCUCAACCUGGAGUCGGAGCUCACCUGUUUCAGCAAGGACGGAAGCAUCUACUGCAAGGAAGACUACUACAGGCGGUUCUCUGUGCAGCGCUGCGCCCGCUGCCACCUGGGCAUCUCAGCCUCGGAGAUGGUGAUGCGUGCUCGGGACUUGGUUUAUCACCUCAACUGCUUCACAUGCACCACGUGUAACAAGAUGUUGACCACGGGUGACCACUUCGGCAUGAAGGACAGCCUGGUCUACUGCCGCUUGCACUUCGAGGCGCUGCUGCAGGGCGAGUACCCCGCGCACUUCAACCAUGCCGACGUGGCGGCGGCCGCAGCUGCAGCAGCCGCGGCCAAGAGCGCUGGGCUGGGCGCGGCCGGGGCCAACCCUCUGGGUCUUCCCUACUACAAUGGCGUGGGCACGGUGCAGAAGGGCCGGCCGAGGAAGCGCAAGAGCCCCGGCCCCGGGGCGGAUCUGGCGGCCUACAAUGCUGCGCUGAGCUGCAACGAGAACGACGGGGAGCACCUGGACCGCGACCAGCCCUACCCGAGCAGCCAGAAGACGAAGCGCAUGCGCACUUCCUUCAAGCACCACCAGCUUCGGACCAUGAAGUCUUACUUUGCCAUUAACCACAACCCCGACGCCAAGGACUUGAAGCAGCUGGCGCAAAAGACGGGCCUCACCAAGCGGGUCCUCCAGGUCUGGUUUCAGAACGCUAGGGCCAAGUUCAGGCGCAACCUCUUACGGCAGGAAAACACGGCUGUGGACAAGUCGACAGAGGCAACGUUGCAGACAGGGACGCCAUCAGGGCCGGCCUCGGAGCUCUCCAACGCCUCGCUCAGCCCCUCCAGCACGCCCACCACCCUCACAGACUUGACCAGCCCCGCCCUGCCAACUGUGACAUCCGUCUUAACUUCUGUGCCUGGCAACCUGGAGGGCCACGAGCCUCACAGCCCCUCACAAACGACUCUCACCAACCUUUUCUAGUGACUCACGCCCUCCCCCCCCACAAUUUCUU